AUGGUUAGCUCGCCGGCCCUUGGCAGCAAGCACUGGCUUAAACCCCUGUACCAGCUGGUUGUGAACAACUUCCUCGUCGUCGUGGUGGUGCCGGUCUCAGCCGCCGUCGCUCUCCGCAAAGCCGUGCAGCUCGGCCCUGACGAGCUCCUCUCUCGGCUCCAUGAGUUUCAGCAGGUUCACGUUUUCAUGGCUGUCUUCCUUCCGCUUGCCUUCGCAACCCUCUACCUGAUGAGCCGCCCUCGCAGCGUGUACCUGGUGGACUACGCCUGCUGCCGGCCGAAACCCAACUGCCGCGUCUCCAUGGCCUCCUUCACCGAGAACUUACGAUGCAUGCCGUACCUCGAGGACGGCGCCUUCCGCUUCAUAAUACGCAUGCUCCAGCGCUCAGGCCUCGGCGACCAGACGUACCUCCACCCGUCCCUGCACCACAUCCCGCCGCGUUGCUGCCUGAGCUCAAGCCGCGACGAGGCGGAGCAGGUCAUCUUCGCCGCCAUGGACGACCUGCUCGCCAAGACGUCCGUAGCUCCGGGCGACAUCGACAUACUCGUGACCAACUGCAGCGCCUUCAACCCGACGCCGAGCCUGGCGGACAUCAUUGUGAACAGGUACAAGCUGCGUGACGACGUCCGGAGCGUGCACGUAUCCGGCAUGGGGUGCAGCGCGGGGGUGAUCGCCUUGGAGGUGGCGAGGAACCUCCUGCAGGCGGUGCCGCGGGGCGCGCGUGCUCUGGUGGUGUCCACGGAGACAACCUCGCUCAUCAACUACACGGGGAAGAACCGGGCGAUGCUCCUGCCCGCCGCGCUGUUCCGCAUGGGGGCGGCCGCGGUGCUGCUGUCGACGUCCAGAUCGGAGUCCCGGUUCCGGCUCACGCACAUCGUUCGGACGCUCACCGCCGCGGAGGACAGGGCGUACCGGUGCGCGUACCAGGAGGAGGACGAGGAGGGGCAGACGGGGGUGAACCUGUCCAAGGACCUGGUGGCCAUCGCGGGGGAGACGCUCAAGGCCAACAUCGUGGCCAUAGGGUCCGUCGUCCUCCCGCCGUCGGAGAAGCUGCUCUUCGCGCUGUCGCUGGUUUUGCGGAAGGUGCUCGGCAAGAAAAUCAAGCUGUACGUGCCUGAUUUCCGCACGGCGUUUGAGCAUUUCUGCAUCCAUGCCGGUGGCCGGGCGGUGGUGGACGCGGUGCAGAGUAGCCUAUGCUUGUCUGAUGAGAACGUGGAGCCGUCGCGGAUGACGCUCCACCGGUUCGGGAACACGUCGAGCAGCUCGCUCUGGUACGAGCUGGCCUACAUCGAGGCCAAGAGACGGACGCGGAAGGGCGACCGGCUUUGGAUGGUCGGCUUCGGGUCUGGGUUCAAGUGCAACAGCGCCGUGUGGGAGUGCAUCAGGUCGCCCAGCGACACCACUGUUGGCGCGCCCUGGGCUGAUUCCAUCCAUCAGUAUCCUGUGAAGAUCCAAAAGGUUGGCUGA